AUGUCCUCCGUCCUCCUCCUCGUCCUCCUCGCUGCCUCCGUGCUCCUCUUCCUCCGGAUCCUCCGCCGCUCCGGUCCGCGGCCCAGCGCUCCGUCCGCUCCUCCCCCGGCUCGGACCUCCAUUCCUGGGCUGCCGCGGCUCCCCGUCCUGGGCAGCCUGCCCUGGAUGGGAGGAGACGUCGCCCCCCAUCUGCUGUUCACCCGCCUGGGGCGCAGGUACGGACCGCUGUUUGCGCUGCACGUCGGGCCUCACUACACGGUGGUGGUGAACAGCCACGAGCUGGCCCGGGAGGUGCUGCUGCAGAGAGGGAAGGACUUCGCUGGGCGGCCGAGCAUGGUCACCACCAACCUGCUGACCAGAGGCGGUAAAGACAUUGCGUUUUGCGACUUCUCUCCUCUCUGGAAGCUUCACCGCCGCCUCGUGCACAACUCCUUCACCCUGUUCGGAGAAGGAACCAGCCGACUGCAGGACGUCGUUCUGUCCGCGGUCGACGAUCUGUGCGUCGAGCUGCUGUCCGCUGGGGGGCGUGGCUUCGACCCGUCGCCCGCGGUGACCAGAGCCGUCACCAACGUCGUGUGCACGCUGGUGUUUGGCGCCACCUAUCGCCACGGAGACGCCGAGUUGCAGGAAGUGAUGCGAUACAACGAUGGCAUCGUGCAGACGAUCACCAGGGGGGGACUGGUGGACGUCUACCCCUGGAUGAAGCUGUUUCCUAACCAGACUCUCAGGAAGCUGAAGGAGUGUAUCAGCGUCAGAGACCGACUGUUGACCCGCAAACUGGAGGAACACAAGGCGUCGCUAAGCGAUGGCGACCCGCGUGACCUGCUGGAUGCUCUGCUCAAGGGCCAGACGGGCAGUGGGCGGGGCCAGAGCUCACCUGGGUCGGAGGGGGCGGGGAUAACGGACGACCACGUCCUGAUGACGGCGGCCGAGGCCUUCGGAGCCGGCGUGGAGACGACGUCCACCACGCUGCUGUGGAUCCUGGCCUACCUGCUGCACCACCCCGAGGUUCAGGAGCGUGUGCAGAAGGAGCUGGACGAGCAGGUGGGCAGCGAGCGGGCAGUGAGCGUGUCAGACCGCGGCCGGCUGCUCUACCUGGACUGUGUCAUCAACGAGGGCAUGAGGAUCCGACCGGUCAGCCCGGUGCUGAUCCCCCACACCGCCAUGACCGACAGCAGUAUCGGCGGUCACGCUGUCCGUCGUGGGACUCGUGUUCUGGUCAACAUGUGGUCCAUUCACCACGACCCUCAGCACUGGGACAGACCAGAUCUGUUCAACCCAGAUCGUUUCCUUGACGACCAGGGUCAGCGUGUCACACCUUCCUGCUUCCUGCCCUUCGGGGCCGGGCCUCGAGUCUGCGUCGGCGAAUCGCUGGCCAGGCUGGAGCUCUUCCUCUUCCUGUCGUCUCUGCUCCAGCGAAUGAGCUUCAGGCUGCCGGACGGCGCCGCCCCGCCCAACCUGAAGGGGCGGCUAGGCGUGGUCCUGCAGCCGCUGCCUUAUAAGGUCGUCGUCACGCCGAGGCCAGGGUGGGAGGGCGGUUCAAAAUGAAAUGGGGGAGGGGCUUAACGCGAUGCUAAGGUGUCUGGUAAAUGUUUAUUGAAGUAAAGAAAUCAGUCGUCUUCA